AUGGUCCGCCUCCACCCCCACUUUCGGGUGGGGUGUUUCCGUCACCCGAAAUAUGUUAGGGACCCUUUCAGCUGCCGCUCCGUAUCGAUCGAAAAUAUGUCAUUCUUAUUUGGUGUAUUUAGAUUUCUGGCUGAAUUUUUUAUCCCAAAAAAUAAGUGUUUUUUUCCAUAUCUAAUUAGACGGACGAAAAUUGCGUUAUUCCAUUGAAGAUGCGUCACGAGACACAUCGUUCAUGGCCAUUUCUAUUCUGUUGUCUUUCACAAUCAAUUUACGGGAUUAGAUUGAGCCCCUCGUCCGUUUUUCUCCCAUUUUUUACCCAACAAUAAAAAAUGGCUUUUCUGUUUCUGCUCAUAUUUCAAACAGACCUUCUAUUCAAAACAAUUGCAGAGUUACAAUAUUCCUCGAAGAACUGGGCUGAACUUCGCCACCUACCUGUUGAUUGGAGCAACAGCGUGGGUGGUACAGGCUGGCAAUCGCCAAGAGUAUCAGUAUCGAGAGGUGAGUUUUUGAUAUUUAUUGCAAAUUUUAAAGAAAUGUACUUAGAAAUGCUCUCCUUGGUAAACGUGGACUCAGUUAAUACGUACUUCAUUAUAGGAAGCGAUUGAGAAUAAGCUAAUUUGCGCGGGUAAAUUAGCCGACUACGCGGCUUGUCAAUGCGAUCCGUCGGCCGGCGACUACUCUUGCAUCAACGCGCAGUUUGUGGACGCUAAUGUGUUCUUGGAUAUUGCAACUAAUUACAAGUCAGUCCUCACACCUCCAUAUGUCUUUAUAUUCAUCGUUUUCCCUCGUCUAGGUAUAUCAAGAGCGUAACAUUCCACGGCAACAACUUCCAAGAUCUGACAUCAACGCCGUUGUUCGGAUCGGAUUCGCAGAGUAGCCUUAGCAAGUUGAAUCUCUCGGCUAAUUACAUUGGUGAGCAAGCGGGCGGGCGGCUUUUCCUUCAAAACAGAAAGGGAGGGGGUACUCGAGCAUUAAUUAUUUCAUAGAAGGAAAGAGCCAACGGGGAUUGAGUUGCCUUCCCACCCCUCAUUAUAGUUGUUUACUUGUUCGGCGGGUGUCUACUCCCACCCGCCGGCUGUUCUGUUCACGUUGAAUUGAGAAUGAGAAAGAAUGGAAAAGAGGGAUACGGCAAGGAAGAGAUCUCGUUAUAUUAUAGUCAAUUGGAACACUGAAUAACUUGAAAAACAACUUUAUUUUUAGAAAUAAGGAGUUAGAGCUAAAUUUACUGGCAACCGAGUAUGAGUAUAUACUGGGCCCCUGAAAAUUAUUAACAUUUCAGUAAACCUGAACAGCAAUGCCCUUCGAAACAUGCCAAACCUGCAAGUUCUGGACAUUUCCAACAACGAAAUUGUCUUCCGGCAGAGAGAUGUGGACUUUCUCACUCAUACCCCACGUUUGACACAGGUAGAAAAAAUCAUACUUGUGACAUUAUAGACCGGGUCCUGCUUAACGACCGUCUAUCUUUUUUUAUCGAUUAGACAACUAAAUAAAAGUGGUGUUAUACAAAAUACGUUGUUUUUCCAGUUGUACAUGAGGCGAGCGUUCACUGUAACCAUCAACCGGACUCAGCAGUUUGAGCUGAUGCUGGAAAUGUUCAGGCAGGCUAAACUGGAGUAUCUUCAGGUAGGAAAGAUGUUAUUUUUAAAGUUGCGCAAAAUUUCAUAAUUCACCUCAAAGUCCCUGCUCCCUGCGCCCGUUCUAAAUAAUUUUAACACAGCAACUACAAAAAUUCGUCACUUUGUUCCUCUUUUUCUUCUAUUCCAUUCAUAUCGCCGAUCUUUUUAUGUGAUCCGAUUUACAUAGACCGAUAUUUAUGGUUUGGUGUUGAAUGUAGAAUGCGUGGGCGUUUGGUUUUAAAACGACGGAAAUAGGUCCCAUUUUGUAUAAUUUGUAAGAGCACAAGACAUUUCUAAUUGGCUAACAGUUUCAGUUCCAAUUCCUCGGUGCUUAAAGAGUAGAGUCAAGUGUGUUAUCGCAUCGGAAGUGGCAAAAACCUCUGGUCUUUUCUAGGAUUAUGAUGCUAUUCCUAUUCCAAACUCUCUCUCCCUCUCUCUCUCUCACUUCCAGGUCUUAUGAUUGCAAAACCCCUAGUGCUAGAACAUUUAUUAUAUAAAAAAUGACAUCACUUUCCCUACGUCCACGUGUAGAGAAUAGACGAGAACAGACAGACGAUGUCAGGGUGACAUUAUGCAACUGCGAUAAGAUGUGAUUCUAGCAGUUUUUGAUAGUUGUGACGCAAUUUGGAGAAGGUUGUCAAGAAAGUUCUCGUAACUUCUUCAGAUCAGUCUGGCCGAAAAAUGACGUGGUGUACCAAAGUUGUACUAGAGAUAAAAAAUUCAGAUUAGACGCGGCACGUCUUAAUUUUUUUCGCUGAUUACAGGUACUCGAUCUCUCCUACAAUUUCAUCCACAACGUGCCGUUCGAGAUUGCAUGUCCGUUCCCAUCGUUGCAUACAUUGGAUCUCCGUCAGAAUUUCCUUAAGAACUUCAUCGUCAAUGAGACGUGUAUUAAAGACGUGAAUACUAUCAAUUUGAGCAGGUUCGUCGCUGGAAAAUUUCGGAGAGUUGAAAAAUGGAGGAAACAGGAGAGAAAGGAAGAGAUUGGCACUCCAGAAAAUUGAAUUGAGAAACAAAGUUUGAGAGACAUUCGGGUAAUUGGAUUGAGGUUCAUUUCCUUCGGGUUUCAUUUCAUUUCGAACAAUGAAGGCAAUUUUUGGGAUACAACCGAAAAUAUAAGGUACUUGGUACCAAAAUCUUAUCGAUUCGAGUAACAAUGCUUCCUUGCGAAUCUAACGUCCAGUUCUAUUUGCAACAUGAAAAUCUCUUCAAAACUUAAAAACAAUAUUGUUUUCAGAAACCAGUUCUACGUAAUCCCCGAUGACUUCCGUGCUCUAGCGGACAAAGCUCAACCAGAAACGUUCCUGCUCCGGAAUCAGUUCUAUUGCGACUGCAAAAGCAAAGAGUUCAUCACUUGGCUUCGAUCGACCAAGUCGGUACGUCUGCUACACUUUACCUCAGGGAAAGACAGUCAUUGGACGCGAUGAACUUCGAAGAUCAUCGAAACGCGCCAACCCUCCUUCGCUCAAAACCAAUGCGCUCAACAUUUGCUCACCCCUUUAUAAAAACUAUUAUCGCGACAUUGGGGGAAUGAUGUUGUUUCAUUCACAAAGGUGGUAGAUCACAAUAAUCGGAACGUGUUUACUUUCCAAAAAUCCCCCUCACGCUUUGUUCAUACUAAACCAGACCGCAACUUUUCGGAGUAUACCUCUACCAGCACGUGACAGACACUUUGCCCCACAAAGAGAGAUAGAGGCCGGUUAACGGUGGGGUACAAAUAAGUACAUUCAAUUCAACAUGUACAACAACCCUGAUCUUGUGUUUAUAUGUGUGCGUGGGCGUUGAUUCGAUUUGGUACGGUUCUUUUGAUCCUUCCAACUUUGCGCCAACUUCCCCCUCCAACCUUUUCGUAAUGGGAGGGGAACUUUGUUUUGCAAAACGUAUGUAGAUGGGCGCUUAUCUAAUAGGACUAAAGUGUAUGUGCAGACAGAAAAAACGAAGGGGAAACAGAAAAAAUAAUCAGGAAAUGAUUUUUGAGGUGUGAGACAUCAAUCAGACUAUCAAAAGCAUUUCGGAGCUCGAAUUGUUGCAGGUUCGCGAAAAAAACAGUUUGGUAUGCGACCGAUCCAGUCCGAAACUGUACAUUGGAGCCCGGAUAGAAGAAGUGCCGUUGAACAAGCUAACCUGCGAUGAGCCGUUGUUCACAAGUUACUCCCCGAGCCGAAAUUUCAUAAUACCCAUGAUUUUUUCUGUAGUUUUCUAUUAUUGCUAA